AUGUGGGUGUGUCUAAUUUUGUGCUCGUUGUGUAUGAGUGCCAUCAUUGGGCUCGGAUGCAUAGGUCGCAUUCACCAAGUUCGACGACGUGCGCCGCCGAAAAGGCCGCAACGUCAACUGUGUAUUGCAGCGCUGCUUGGAUCAGGCGGUCAUACGGCUGAGCUACUUACCAUUUUACGUGCAUUGCCGCAGGACCAAUAUACCCCGCGCAUCUACUUCACAACGACGGGCGAUGCGCUAAGUCUUAAAAAGGCGGCUGAUGCGGAGGGAGGCAGCCUUGCUCGACAUGAAAUGCAGGGUCUAUGUAUUCCACGCGCCCGUGUGGUGAAGCAAAGCUGGCUUACGACACCGUUGUCCGUUGCGAACAGCACUGCGUUCUGUGUAUGGCACCUAGGUCUCGCCCCAAUCUUCCGACGACGUGAUAAAUCACGCGAAGAACAUGUGCCAUGGGCUGAUGUGCUCAUCAUGAAUGGCCCAGCUACGUGCGUCCCGGUCGUUAUCGCUAUCAUCUUUAUGCGUGUAUGUUGA